AUGAAGUGGGUCCUCGUCUUGGCCGGUCUUUCUGAUCUCGCCCGUCCCGCCGACAAGCUCUCCCUGACUCAAAACGCCGCUUUGAUGGCCACCGGCGCAAUCUGGACCAGAUGGUGUCUCAUCAUUAAGCCGAGAAAUGUCCUUCUGGCCGCGGUCAACUUCUUUGUUGGAUGCGUGGGAUUCACGCAAGUGACUCGCAUUUUCCUACAUAGACGAACUGUCGACGGGUCCACCAAGGAUGCGCUGAAGGAUAUGACCCACGAAGCAACAGGCCCGGCCAGGGCUGCUGUGAUCAAAGCUGAGGGAAAGGUGGAAGAAUUGAUUAAGAAACAUUAA